AUGCUACGAUUUAAAACAAAACUAAAUCAUCAAUUCAAACAAAUGUCUUUUCUAUUCAUCCUUUGUAUACUAUUCACCACCAAUUGUGUUAAUUCAUCCAGUAAGAAGGAGGAGAUUGCUGUUGUUAAAUGGAAAUUUGAUGAAUUCGAAAUACAUAUCACUGCAAUGUUAUUCUUACUGAUAGUUAUAUUGAUCAAGAUCGCUUUUCGUUAUACACCGUAUAUUUCAUCCUACAUACCAGAAUCAUUGAUAUUGCUUAUUAUUGGUAUUAUAUUCGGUGCGUUUAUUCGUUAUGCAUUAGAUAAUGGCCUAGUAAAGAUUCAAUCAUGGAAAUUGACACCAGAAUUAUUUUUCUUCUAUUUACUACCACCGAUUGUAUUAGAAUCUGCUUAUGGAUUAUAUAAUCGUACAUUUAGUGAAUAUCUUGGCACUGUACUUUUAUUCGCUGUUCUAGGUACUGUUCUGAAUUUUUUGUUUAUCGGUUUUGUUAUGUAUGGUUUGUAUAUUGGUGGAGCAUUUGGUUAUCCAGAGAUUACAGUGGAUUUAAAAAGUUUUUUACUGUUCAGUUCAUUGAUUGUCGCCGUUGAUCCUGUCGCUGUGUUAGCCAUUUUUCAAGAUAUUAGCUUAGAGUUGAAUUUAUAUUAUAUAGUCUUUGGUGAAUCUCUGUUGAAUGAUGCUAUCACUAUUGUUCUGUAUGAAAUUAUGAUUGAAUUCACUGGAUCAGAAGAGGUGACCGGUGCACAGAUUGGCAUAGGUAUAGCGUCAUUUUUCACUGUGAGUUUAGGUGGCCUACUCAUUGGUGUUGUUUUCGGUUUGGUUACAUGUUUAAUCACCAGAAUUCGCAGUGAUUUCACCGUGUUUAUAGUAUUAUUACUUGCUUAUUUCUCUUACAUCAUGGCUGACUGUGUUGGUUGGUCAGGUAUCAUUUCAAUGAUCGGUUGUGGUCUAAUUCAAGCAGCUUAUGCAUUUCACAAUUUAGACGAAGAUUCAGUUACAACAGUGCAUAACUUUGUUAAAGUUGUCGCAGUGAUCAGCGAGUCUGUAGUCUUUGUAUUCUUAGGUAUCGCUGUCAUCGGUGAGACGCUUCGAUGGCAUACUGGCUACAUCUUAUGGGCAAUGGCUAUCUGUUUAAUAGCACGUGGUAUAGUUGUCUUGGGGCUAACGGCUAUUCUAAAUGCCGUCAAUGUGGAUCAGACAAAGAUCUCUUUAACGGAGCAAGCUGUCCUCAUCUAUGGUGGUCUACGUGGUGCUGUCGCCUUUUCACUAGCGAUUUUAAUAUCUAAUAAUAUAUUAGGCGAGAAAGGUAAUCAAACUAAAGAGAUAAUUAUUACCGCAACACUGUUCAUCAUUCUUUUCACCGUUGGUUUUAUGGGGAUCACUAUCAAGCCAUUGGUAAAAGCUUUGAAAAUACGUAUGGAGGGAAAAAAGACACUGAGUUUAUUUACUGAGCUGAAUACCAGUAUACUGGAUCAAACACUUUCAGGGAUUGAAAUACUAAUUGACUGUAAACGUCGUAAUGCUGUUCGUGAGUUUUUUAUGCAUGUUGAUGAAAAAUAUAUCCGAAGGAUAUUACAACGUGAUCCCGAACGUUAUGAUGAGAAGAUAUUUAAAGUAUACGAGAAAAUUUCUUUACGCCUACACUAUGCUACAAUGAUGCCAAAUAAGAAGGAGAGUUUUUUAACUGACUUACCACAGUCUAUACAGGAAAAAUAUCUUGCAAAUGGAAUUCCCUUUGAUGAGGAUCAUACUAAUGAACCAAGUCAUGUUACAAGUGAUGAUAUCUUGAACACCUAUAAUGAUAAUGAUCGUCAAGGAAGACAACAACAAAAACAAGGUCACAGGGUCAAGAAAAGUUGGUUCAGACGUAGAAAAGCACUCACACUAGAUGACCACAUAGAUAACACAACCAGUAGUGAUCAACGAGCUAUGGAAGAGGCGAAAAAUCUUCCAAAGAAGUUGUUUUUACCUAAACAGUCAACAAAGAAUUCAUCUGAAGCACAAUCAAUUUCCGGUAUGCUGAGAUAUUCAAGACGACCAUCAUUAUUACCGAAUUCUAAACUACAAAUGGGUUUUAAUGACAGAUUUUUAGAAAUAUUAAAAUCACGUAAUCGUGAAUUAUAUUUGCGUACAAUGACGAAUGAAAUGGAUAGAAAGAAAGUAGCAUCUCAGUCAUUAACAUCACCCACCUCCUUCACAAUUCCAGUUUCGUCGACUACACCACAUUUAAUGUCUUCAAAUUCAUCAACAGUUUCACCGAAAGAGAUAAAUAAUUCUCAAACUUCUAAACGGCAGAAACAGUUGGAUCUACCCUCAGAAAAUGAAAAAAGACCGAAGCAGAACCAACAGGUUGUUAUACAAGAUUUACGAAGUCAUGAUGAUAAAAGGGUAGACUUUUAA